CAUUCUCGAAAACCACUUGCUGGCAUGUUGGUCAUGACAAAUUAUACCAUUGUAUACGAUUAGUCGUGUUAUAAUGAUAUUCAGGUUUCUUAUGCGUACUUUUUCCACUAAAAUUGUUGUUUUUUCCAAUGACGAAAGGUUAUUUAUUAUUGUUAAAUAACCUAUAAUCCAUCAAUGCCUUAUGUGUAACAUGGUACUGUCGUGCUUGUAAUAAUGGGUAAUGCGGGAAGUAAUCAACCUGUCAGCCAUCAUCAUGGCACUACAGUGAACAGAGAGCAUCGACACAGCAAGGAUCAUCCACCAUCUUCUCCGGGAAAAGAAGGCCAAGUGUUCAUUUUUGACAAGAAACCUAGCCAGAAACUUGUUUUUCAGUCUUCCCACGAGGAAGAAGAGCCAUAUUUUGCAAAGACUGGCCAACAAGAUGGAGAGGAUUUUGGAUCGCAACGACCAAGAUCCAAUACUGUUUCUGAAGGAACAAAAGUUGCAGACAACAAGGUGCUACCAACUGUUUUCAAGUGGGAAGGUGGUGGAAAGCAAGUGUACAUUAGUGGCACAUUCACUGGAUGGAAGACAUUGCCAAUGGUGAAAAGCCAUGGAGACUUUGUGACAAUUAUUGACUUGCCAGAAGGAGAGCAUCAGUAUAAAUUCUUUGUCGAUGGAGAAUGGAGGCACGAUCCUGGACUGAAAAUUGUGGACAAUGGAAUGGGUUCCAAAAACAACUUAGUGUCUGUAAGGAAAUCCGACUUCGAAGUGUUUCAAGCUCUCGCAAAAGACAGCGAGGGUGUCACUAGUAGCGCUCAAACGGAAUAUGGACAAGAGAUACCACCGCAUAAACCCUGGGAGAAGGUACCUGGCCCGCCUAUUUUGCCGCCGCACCUGCUGCAAGUUAUCCUCAAUAAGGAUACGCCGCUGUCCUGCGAACCUACUCUCCUACCCGAGCCAAAUCACGUCAUGCUGAACCACCUUUAUGCCUUAAGUAUUAAAGACAGCGUGAUGGUCCUGUCAGCAACGCAUCGUUAUCGUAAAAAAUACGUCACCACUUUGCUCUACAAGCCGAUCUAAGCGUUAAGUCAUUCCCGUAUACAUAUUCGUUGGUGCUGGUCGUUUACUGGUUAUUACGGUAUUAACGCCCGGGUGACGUGAUGUUGUAGCUGGAAACUUUCCGAGUUUUCGAGGCAAGGUAGAAAAUUAACAUCUAGAGAUGUCUGUUUUUUGUCGCUACGUUUAUUAUACCUCAGUCACAUGUAAAAUAUUGUAAUUACUAUUUAUUAAAGUCAGACAUUUUA